CCAUCAACCGAACUCGCAUAACGCAUAUCGUACAAAAAAGAAAAACUCCACUGUUCUACCGGACGGUGCCAUAAUAGUCCAAUUUCUCUAUUAGUCCGUUGAUGAUGUUUAAAUUCUUUACUACUACAACUGUUCCUGUUCUCAAAACCAAACCAUCCCGGACUUAACUACUUAACGGAGUCCGCAGGUUGCUCGCAAAUGUUUUUAAUGCUUAUGCUGACGAUCUGCGAAGCGAAUAAUCGUGGUAAACAUCAUGACAAUAAUAACUAAAAGUGUUCAGUGAAAGGGGAUUAGAAGAGGAAGAAAGCGAUAAUAGAUACGGGAAGGGCAAAAUGAUCCGAUCGCCACAAUCGCCUCUAUCACUAUCAAAUGUGAGGACGACAAUAAGUAGCAUGUGGAGUAUAGCAGCGCAUCGUCAGUGACUGUGAGUAGUGGUCAAAUUUUGGAGCAGAAUAAAUAAUAGACUCAUUCGAAGUAGACAAUUAAAAAACGUCAAAACACACAGACACACACAACGUCUCUAAUCUUAUCGCCAGUAAGGAUCCUUUUUUAAGAUGAUUGACGACUUCGAAGCGAAUCUUAGAAAAAAAAAACAUAACAGAAUUCAAACUCAAACUAUCACGUUAAACUCAUCGCUACUUCCCUACUAGGUACAUGUACAAAGUUUCCUCCGUACUUAUGCCUGGUCUGGCGCAUUGUUUGUCCCUCUCCCUCUCUGUUGUCUCCUUCUUAGUCACAGCUCAUGAGAGAAGAUAAGGAUGGAUAAACCCUGUGUAAAUGAUUUUAAAAAAUAGCUAGCUGCUCAUCUCCUGCUGCUCGCUUCGCUAGUGGCUAGACAGAGAAAAAGGAAGGCAGAUGAGCAUAGCUCAUCUUCGAUCAGGUUUUGCUUACGCUCGUGUGCAGUUAGGUGCAGAAUGCGCUAGCUUAGUGAAAUGGAACUCCUUGCAAUAUUGUACUUACUACCAGGUUCGACCAACCUAUGUAUCCGCAGUCCCUCUGUCGUGUCGCGAGUCGCUUCAUCAGUUGUCACUGUAUGAUUAGUUUCUAGUUUGCAAUGUAAUGUCUAUUAAGCAGAUUGAUGUAGAUUGAGCUGGCCGAUAGGAUGGCAAUGUUGCAAACCCCGUAACCGCACUAUUAAAGUUUUAAUUUUAUUUAACAAAA